CGCAUGCGUCACAGGAAACACCAGCAGCUGCUGGUGCCCAGGCAGCGCUCAGCCCCAUCACCACGCACCCCGAGCAGGCAGCACGGCCAAGAGCAGCCUAGCCUCUGGCUCCAGCACAGGAAAAUACCCAAACCUAGAGCAGAAGGACAAGGAGGCAGCGAACAGGACCUUCCCUGAAUGAGGGAGCCCCAUCACUGCAGGAGGAUCCCCUCUGUGGAGCCUCGGUGCCUUGGGGACCACGCUGGAGGCACCACCCAGCACAGCAGAGCCCAGCCGAUGACUGCCCAGCCCUGAUGAGCCUGGUGCGAUGGUGACAGCAGCAAGCAGCAGCCAGUCGUGGCUGCGGGUGGUGGCCGGGGGCAGGCGCUGACCCCCACAGGUGCAGCGAAGGAUGGGGAGCCUGCCCAGCCGGGAGAAGCCGUUCAGCAUCCCAAUGGCAGCUGCUGUCCCCACACCGUCCCCGAUGCCCACGCAGGCAGCCCCGAACAGCUUCCUGGCACUGGCCCUGUGCGACUUCCCCUCUGGCUCAGAUGCACCCACUGUCCUGAGGAUGGGAGAGCAGCUCAACGUCCUCUCUGAGGACGGGGAGUGGUGGUUGGUGGCGUCCAAGGUGUCUGGCAAGGAGUGCCUCAUCCCCAGCAGCUGCGUGGCCAAGGUGUGGCACAGGUGGCUGUACGAGGGCAUCAGCCGGGAGAAGGCAGAGGAGUUGCUGCUCCGACCUGGCAACCACAGCGGGUCCUUCCUGAUCCGGCAGAGCCAGACCAGGAAAGGCUGCUACUCCCUGUCGGUGCGGCGCACUGAGCUCACCUCCUGGGACUCGGUCACACACUACCGCAUCCACCGCCUGGAGAACGGCUGGCUCUACAUCUCUCCGCGGCUCACCUUCUCCAACCUGCACGAUCUCGUGGACCACUACACAGAGUGUGGGGAGGGGCUGUGCUGUGCCCUCAGGCAGCCCUGCUCCAUAGAGGGUGCGAGGGCAGCUCCAGCCCUGGCCCAGCCCACCGUGGUGAAGAAGCCAUCACUCAACUGGGACAAGAUCGACAGUUCUGUCCUGUUGUCGGAGGCUGUGCCACCACUGGAGGAAGAGGAGGAUUCCCCCAUCAGCCUGGGCCUUCGGGAAGCUAUCAGCUCCUACCUCCUCCUGACAGAUGGGGAGGUACCAGAGAUGGGCUCUGCAGGGAAAGGGGUGAAGAACAGCUGAGGGCAGGACCCCGCUCAGCUGCAGCCCCAGGAUGGGCACCCAGGCCUGGUUGCAGCCUUCACCUGCCUCAGCUGCUGUCAUUCACCACAGCUGAGCGCAGCGCUCCUGGGGAGUGAGGCCCCUCCAGCACUGAUGCCCAGGCACCUCAGGACACGGCAAGACCUCCAUCCCAGCCCUGGGUUUCCUCGCUGUGAUCUGCUGAGCCCUCAGGCAUCACCCCAGGCCUUUGCCUUCUGCUCCCAUGGGACGCUUCCCUGACUGCUCCACAGAGAGGGCCUGCGUCUGGCCUGGCCGCAGCUGUGCUCACUGACAGCAACGCAACUCAGGCAGAGGCACAAACCAACCCAACCAGGCCCCUCACUUCACAUACAGAUUAUUGUUUUUUGGGUGAUGGUGUUGUCUGUGCAGCACAGGGCCUGGGAGCCCCCCCUUUUAAUCACUCCCUUCAGCCUGAUGAGGAACAGACCCUGCCCCAGAGCAGAAGCAGCCAGGAGGAGACCACCCCACUUUCAUCACAAGAAGCUGCUUUUUAAACCUUUAAACUGGCCAUUAACCAGGAUCCUGCUGGCCACACAGCAAUAACUUUCUAAUAUCUUAAUGAAAGAGCACCUCAUUAACAGGUGAGGGGUGGUGACUAAAUCAUGAGCUGACAGCUGAAGCAGCAGUGCCAGUUUCCAUCCACUGCAUCUGUGGGGGCUUUGCCUGUGCUGUUGCCCCUGGCACGGAUGGUUCCUCAGGGUACAUUAAUCAGGCCUAAAGGUUUAAAAAUGUUUAUUUUAAUUGAUGUUCUGGGUGGGGUAGGGGGAGAAAUUGAUCCAACAAAAGGACUAGGUGAGAGAAGAGUCAGAAUGCAAACACUGUUGUCAAACGCUGAUCUUAGCUACAACUCUUUCAGCCAGAUGAAGCAGGCUGUGACCUCAUUAAAAGCAGUAUAAAUGCAUCAAAACAGAAAGACAACUGAGCCCUCAUUUUCAGCAGCCCCUUAUCAGCAAAGAAAGGUUUGGGGAAAGCGCCUGAAGCUUCCUCUGUGGUGAGAAUUUAUGUAGAAGCAAUUUCGCUGCCUAGUAACCUUCUUUCCUUCCUUCUUUGAGCUCUCAGAGGUUGGCUGCGGCAAGACCCCAACUAUUGACACGUUUUCUACCUUUUACACAUUCAAUAAUCACUCCAUUUUUCACAUCUAAUUUGCUCUUGCACAUCCAUUGCAAAUUUUUACCUUUCCUUCUCUUAAGCAGCCUGUAACUUUACACGCUUGCUCAGCCUGGGCCCAGGUGCCACCUGAGGGCAGGGGCUGCCCUCUUCCUGACCCCCAGUGGGGUUUAUUCCUCAGCCUCCAGUUUGACCCACGGGCAGCCAAGGCUGCUGCUGGCACUGGAGGAAGCUGCAGUUAAGCAGCUGCCUCUCUGCUAUUUGCAUUCUAGUGAUUUUGUAAAAAUGCCUGGCACCAAAGCCAAUAUAAGUCCUUCCCAGGCCCAUCUGCCUCAGAGCCUUGCUUCCUUCCAGCCCCAUGGCAGUUCUGCUCCCAGCCCUAGCAGCUCCUGGUUCUGCAAACACUUCUCUCCUGCUGGGAAGCAUAGGCACAAACCCCAGCGCUGAGCAGUGUUGUGGCCAAGGCUUCUGCUUCACGGUGGGAUCCCAGCCCCGCUCCCUGCAGCACAGCACUGCAAGGGACAGCCCCAAGGGUGCACGGGCAGCAGAGCCCUGCCAGUUGCCUCAGGCUGCCAAGGCAGGCCAGGGGGAAGCGGCCUCCUGCUGCAGCCUGUCCUCAGUGCCCAAGGUGCUCCAACUGCUCAGGGAGUGGCUGGGCAGCCGAUGCUCUCCCCUGCAUCAGGGGCAUGCUGAGCCUGCAGAGAUGUGGCCAUUUUGGCCAGAUUAGCCGUAUGGUGGACAGCACUGACCUCUUCUGAAAGUUGAAAUUACAAGUACUUAGCGACAUGCAGAAUGCAGCCUCUCACUGAGCCCAUGCUCUACUCCUCCCAUUCCUCCAUGAAACAAUUUCAUAGAAUCAUUAAUGUUGGAAAGGACCGCCAAGAUCAGCUGGUCCAACCACCACCCUACCACCAUUCUCACCCCAAAAACCAUGCCCCUAAACACCACGUCCAACUUUUCCUUAAACACCCCCAGGGACAGUGACUCCACCACCUCCCUGGGCAACCUGUCCCAAUGCCUGACUGCUCUUUCUGAGAGGAAAUGUCUCCUCAUUUCCAACUUUACCGACGCAAAAACUCUACCCCCCCCCCCCCCCUAUUUAUUAUUAUUAUUAUUUUUAAUCUAGUUUUUAGAAGCUCUGCUACUAUUGCCCAAGCAUUCAUUAUUUGGAAGAGUUCCUCUUAGGUUUGCAGUAUGGUCUAAUGAGGAAAAAAUUUAUUGUUUUCUGAGGUUUUGAUUACUUAUUUGAACAGUACUUUAUCGUGGGGAGAAGAGUGCAGAGCUCCAUGUAUUGUCUUCACAAGAGUGAGGAGCUGUUGAAACACCAGCACUGCAGCAGCAAUGCUGCUCCAGCAUCAAAUCAAGCGUGAAUGAGAUUCCAAGGUCUGGAUGACAAUCAAUGGUGUAUCAUUGUAAUUACAAUAGCUGAUAACGUGGACAAGUAACAGUGAGAAUAUUCAAAUGUUUGUGUAUAAAAUUUCUUAGACUGACAAAGCCUCAAGGUGAAUCUACCCAUGUGUAGGCUGCUGAUGAUUUGGCAACUGUCUCCUGAUAUGAGAGUCUACCCCCAGGAGAACCCUAACACCAAAGUAAAAUCUAAAGCAGCUCACAGCAGAGGGCACACAUUCCCAAACACAGCCAGCCACUGCACACAUUUCAGCACAUUAUUUCACACUGCUGAUCACUUAAACAUCAGAGCCAGGUUUUCUAAAUGUGAGCAGAUUUCAUUCAACCAUGAAACACAAGCCUAGCUCUGCCAUCAGUGGCCUGUUUCUCUGGGCUUCACAAGCUAGGCUCCAGCAGAGCAGUACCUGCUGGCUUUACAAUCUUGGAGCUCUACUGGAAGCUUGUUUCAAGAAUGAAGUUAUGCAGACCGGCUCGUUAGGACAAAGGAACAAACUUUCCUCGUGUUUAUGCUUUAUCAUCAUUCCCUUGUAUAGCAAAGACUCAGCUUUUCCAUUAAGCUUGUUGCUGCUGCUGGCCUUCAGUUUGACUGGUAGUUUUUAGGAUUAGUCACAGGUGCUACAUAACCACUCCCUUCUAGCUCAACUCUCCCAACUCUACCUGAAACACCUGCAAACCCACUGCCUAAGGGGCAACAUCUCCACCUCAAAAUAGUACUGAAAUUAUACUUGGGCCUUUUGUGAAAGAAAUCACUGAACAGAUGAGCCAGGUGCCUCUCACUGACACUGCAAAAUACUCUGCAGCAUCUCUGGUGGGCUCCAUCAUUGAAAUAUAUAUUUUAAGUGUUCAAAUAAUUAUUAUUUUUUUUGGAUUUGGAAAUAAAAUAUAAGCUCCCCUUCUGAAACAGUAUAACACAGAGUUUACCUAAUAGGAAUAUCUAUGAGACAGAUCUGGAAAACAAUCACUGAUGCUUUGAGAACAGUUAAGAUCUCCAUUCUACUCUAACUACUGUACCUAUGUUUCAAUGUGAAGUGUACACAAGAGUCCAAAAAUAUUUUAGUGAAUAAUCAUUAAUUGAAACAAAGACUUUACUAAGACUUAACCAACAAAAACCUAUUUAUUUAUUCCAAACACCAAGGUACAGUUUUCAAGUUUUGCAAAUAUUGCUCCAAAGCAAAAUUUUAUAUACAGCGCCCUCAGUUCUAAUAGUGCAUUAACAAAGACAAAUAUACUUAUGUAUCCACAGUGCAAUGUUUGCUCAUUUCAUCAAGGCUCCACGUUGCAUUCACUUACCAGUGAUUUAAAGAAACAUAAAAAAGUGACUUGCCAGACCAAACAGUUGGUCCAGACUAAGAAAUAACAAUGUGGAAACUUGCAAAAAAAAAAAAAAAAAAAAGGACAAAAAUGAACCCAGGAAAAGUACAUUAAAGAAACUUUCCUGAACAUGAAAAAUGCUAGUCUAUUUUAAAUAAAUAUUUUCAGUCUUUACCUGCAAGAACUUAUUCUCUAGCUCUACUAAGGAAAACAAGUCUCCAGUAUGUCAUUUCACUCAACCAUCAGAACUGUCUUUUCUUCCAAACCAUAAGUAUUGCCCUGAGA